UCGAGGGCAGGCUCAUGAGGUAAUCUGUCCUACGAAACCUAUUCAUUCCCACCAGUGUUCGCCGGGUACAUGUGAUUGUGUAAAGCGCUCCAAUGCAGCGUUAAAAAAAAUCUAGCGAGGACUAGUUGUAGAGAUGUCCGUGAAUGGUACUCGAUAAAAUUGUCUAAGAAACAAGUUGUGCACUGCAUACAUUUGAAAUCAGUGAAAAGAAAGUUGCGCAAAUGAAAGUACAUUAGGUGCUAAGACGAUUUCUCUUUUGUCGAUCCUGGGAACAAGUUUGCGUUUGGGAAAACAGUGCUGUCUGGAUUUAAAAGUACCCGUUGCUGACAAAUUGGAUUAGCAAACGAACUCCCUCUGCUCAGCGACGCAGAAGGAUUGCAUUUGAUUUUGAGGAGCUACGGUAAAAACGGGAAGGGAUAUAUCACAGUGCGCGCUCUUCUAAUACAAGGUUCGGCUUCGCCUCAUGGAGUUACUGCAGUAGCCAUUUUACCUCCUGGGCUGACGGUCUGGAAUGCCACGGCAACAGCGCUGAUCUUCUGGAUUCUACCGGUGAGCCGUCCUCUUGCCUUGCCUCCAGAGACCUGGAUCGACAAGCUGCCCCCCUCCCCACCCCCCCAGUUUCCUCAAAAGAUCGAUUCACAGCAGGCUGCUGAUUGGAGGGUGUUAAUCUGCUUUACUGGAUGGCAGAGGGGUGAAAUGCCUCUUUAACACGGAGUUUGAAGCAAAUGAAUGUUUGCCAUGCCGCCGGGGAUGGUCCCAACGUGCGCCGUCGUCGCCGCGGCGCUGCUGUCCCUCCUGGGGGACGCCGGCGGAUACCCCACCUUCUACCGCAACGACAGCCGCUUCGAGCACCUGGCGCUGCACCCCGACCCGGCGGUGGGGCGGGUCUACGUGGGCGCCCGGGACCGCCUCUUCCAGCUGGACGGGCGGCUGCGCCUGGAGCUGGCCCAGGAGACGGGGCCCGUGACUGACAGCAAGGAUUGCCUGCCCCCCAUCACGGAGACCAACUGCCCCCAUGCACGGCGCACCAGCAACCACAACAAGCUGCUGCUGGUGGACCCCUACGCCCUGGAGCUCAUCAGCUGCGGCAGCGUCAACCAGGGCAUCUGCCAGAAGCGCAGCCUGGACGACGUCAGCCGCGUGCUCUUCUCCACCGAGCGGCCCGUCGACACGCAGUACGUGGCCGCCAACGACCCCAACGUCACCACCGUGGGGCUGGUGGUGCGCUCGCGGGGCAAGCAGCCCGUGCUGUUCGUGGGGCGGGGCUACACCAGCGGCCACCCGCCCAUCUCCACGCGCAACCUGGCGUCCGAGCCCGUCUUCUCCUACGAGGAGACGGCCAAGCUGGCGGUGGCGGGGCGCCUGUCCGAGUACGACCACCACUUCGUGGCGGCCUUCUCGCUCCGCGCCCACGUCUACUUCCUCUUCUACCGCCGCGACCUCAAGUCGCAGUCGCGGGAGUACAAGACCUACGUGUCGCGCGUCUGCCUGGACGACGCGGCCUACUACUCCUACGUGGAGGUGCCCCUGGCCUGCCGCUCGGCCGCGGGGAAGGCCUACAACCUCCUGCAGGCGGUGCAGGUGGGGCCGGGCGGGGGCGGCGGCCAGAAGGAGGCGCUGCUGGGCGUUUUCUCCACCCGCCAGGCCUCCUCCAGCAAGGCCAGCGAGGACUCUGCGCUCUGCGUCUUCCCCCUGGAGGAGCUGGACCAGCGCAUCAACUCCACCCGCGACCUCUGCUACACCCGCGAGGGCAAGGCCGAGGGAGGGGGCGAGGCCGCCUACAUCGAGUACGAGGUCAAGUCCAACUGCGCCACCCUGCCCUCGAACACCCUGGAGGCCUACCCCUGCGGCUCGGACCACACCCCCAGCCCGAUGGCCAGCCGGGUGCCGGUGGAGGCCGAGUCCAUACUGGACAGCCCGUCGUCGCGCCUCACCGCGGUGGCGGUCAGCGUGAGGGAGGGGCACACCAUCGCCUUCCUGGGAGACUCCAAAGGAAGCCUGCACAAGGUCUUCCUUGGCCCCAACGGCGAGGUGGAGGAGUACGACACCGUCACCAUCCAGCCCAACGUCCCCAUCAGCAGCGACCUUCUCCUGGACCAGACCAAGGAACACCUCUUUAUCAUGACCAGCACGAUGCUGGAGAAGAGGCCAGUGGCCGAGUGCUACAAACACCUGGACUGCCAGUCCUGUCUCUUUGCUCAUGACCCGUACUGUGGCUGGUGUGUCCUAGAGGGAAGGUGUGGUCAGCGCUCUGAAUGUCGUCGUGGAGAGCAGCCAGGCCAAUGGCUGUGGAGUUUUGACCUGGAGCCACAGUGCCUCACAGUCCAGUCCCUGAUCCCAUCCAAUAUUAGCCGAGAGGAGAAGAGAAGUAUCUCCCUGUCUGUGCUGGGGCUGCCCAGCCUGGAGGAGCACGAGGCGUACUCCUGCCUGUUCCACGACAGCGAGAGCCCGGCCUCCAUCACCAAAGCUGGCGUGCUGUGCUUCUCCCCGGACGCGGAUAAGGUCCCGCCCAUUCGCCCGGGAGAGGACUCCGUCACGGUCACCCUGUCCCUCCGCUUCCUGAACGUGACGGUCGCCGCCCGAGCGUUCACCUUCUACGACUGCGCGGCGGUCAAGCAGCUCUCCAGGAACACGCCGUGCCGCGGCUGUGUGACCAGCCGUUGGGGCUGUAACUGGUGCAUCCACCAGCAUUCGUGCACCCACAAGCCCAUCUGCGAGGACGGGGUGAUCAUUUACAACGAGCACUUCAAACUUCCUACUUCGGCACCUCCAACAACCAUAGACGUUAAGCUCACAUCAACUGCCCCGACCACAACUCUGGCCCCCACCACAAUCCCACCCACCGAAGCACCCACUACUGCAGCCACCACCACAACCACAACCACCACCACAACAACUACCACAGCAACUACCACCACCGCAACCACCACUGAAGCCACCACGACUGAAGUCACCACAGAGGAGCCAGUGACGACCACGCUACCUCCAACCACCACCACCACCGCCACCACUACCACCCCAGAGCCGACGACGAUGCCCACCACUCCUCCACCCACAACCAUGCCUGCCCCUCCGCCCACCACGGCAGCCGCAAUGUCCACAACACUGCCCACGGAAGCCACCAGCCUUGCAGAAGAAGGAACCACGUUGGAGGAGUUCCCGGUCACUGGAGGCGAUGAGGUCGCGCCCACCAGCUCUAAAGUAGCGGAAGUCGUGGAGGUGGAGCUGCCUGUCACUCUCGAUGCCGCCACGCCCACCACUCCGGCUCCACCCCCAGCAUACCCGGUCUUGAAGACCGUAACGGCUCCUCCCACUGAGAGCCCCCAGCCAAUGGAAGACGCCCAAUCCGUGGCUGAGCCUCCCGGCGACAGCCAGCCCUCCCCCGUGGCCCCGCCUCCGACCGAUGAUACGCCUUUCCCGCUGGGGGCGCCGAUCGAAUCGGACGAGGCGUUCCACCCGCUCCCAACAGAGGCUCCUCCCCCCUCGCCCCUGACGCAACUCCCGGAGGUGGUGGAGCGGGGAGAGGAGGGAGACGGAGACGGCGAUUCUGUCCUCUGGCCCGAAGAGGAGGUGGAGGUGGCAGAAGCCGCGGCGGAGAACGACACGGUGUCGUUCUCGGCGGCCGCCGUGCUCUCUGGGGACGGAGACGCCGAGCAGGCCCACCCCUCCUACCCCCACCUGCGCGACUCCGAGCCCGACUCCGAGCUGGACUACCAGUACGACUCGUCCGACUUUUACCUGCCGGGGGACGAGGGCUCCUUGGAAGGCUGGGGGGCGUCGGCCUGCCCCUGUGUGGAGAAGGUUCAGGGCUCCUCCCUCCUGCCUGUCAGAACCGAGAGGAGGAUCACCCUCAUGGGCCGCAACCUUAACCUUUUCCAGGAUAGGGACCUGGACUACGAGUGCGUGCUGGUGAUCGAGGGGCACACGGUCGUGGUGGACUCCUACGUGGAAAUAGACCAGGCGGACCCCUCCAUUUUCUACAUCACCUGCCAGUCGCACAAGUACUCUUACUCCGCUCCCCAGGAAGAGUACAAUGCCAUGGUCUACGUGAAGAGGAGAAACACCUUCCAUGUGGACAGCGCCCAAGACCUGUACGUGACGCUGUAUAACUGCUCGGUGGGGCGUUCGGACUGCAGCCGCUGCCACACGGCGGAGCAGAGGUACGGCUGCGUGUGGUGCGGGGGCCCGCGCUCCUCCUGCCUCUACAGGGACUCCUGCACGGAGAGGAUAGAGCAGACCUGCCCCGCCCCCGUCAUACACCUCAUCGAGCCCCUGUCUGGCCUGGUGGAGGGAGGCACUCUCAUCACCAUCUCUGGGUCCAACCUGGGGCAGAAGGCCCAGGACAUCCAGGACUCCGUCACCGUGGCGGGGGUUCCCUGCGCCGUCCUCCCCGACCGCUACGAGGUCUCCUCCAGAAUCGUGUGCAGAACCGGGCCCAGCAUGGAGAAGACCGGGCAGGUUUCGGUGGAAGUGAGCGGAGGAGAGUACGGCUCCUCCGGCCAGAAGUUCAGCUACCAGGACCCCACUGUGACGCAGGUGUCCCCACAGAGGGGCCCGAAAGCAGGGGGCACCUCUCUGACCAUCGCCGGGAUGAGGCUGCUCACCGGACGGCCCAGCGAGGUCAGCGUGGUGGUCGGAGCCGUCCCUUGCCUCAUCUCUUCUGAGAUCCAGGAGGGCAGCAUCGAGUGCGUGACUGGCGCCAGCAACACGACGGGGGAGCACCGCGUCACGGUGCGCUACGGCAGCAGCGAGCGCCAUCUGUCGGACGCCACCUAUCACUACACCCCUGACCCCAACGUCACACUGGCGGCACCCUCAAAGAGCUUCCUCAGUGGCGGGCGGGUGAUCCACGUGUCCGGCCAUAACCUGGACGUCGUCCAGGAGCCUCGGAUUCAGGUGACCGUGUCCCCGUUCGAGCGCGCUCAGAGCAGGAGGAGGAGGAGGAGCACCAGCAGGGGGGCGGGGCCAGGGCCUGGGGGCAGGCUGCUGUGGAGACGGCGCCGAAUUGUUCCGGAGCCUGGUUGUCCAGAAGGGGCCCUGUGUUCCGUCAAAGAGUUCGUAGAGCGCUGCGAGGUGAACACCUCCUCCCUGAUCCUGUGCCGGACGCCGGCGGUGGAGGCCCACGCGCGCCACGCCCAGGUGCGGGUGGAGUUCCUCCUGGACAACCUGCGCUUCGACUUCGACGCGGUCAGCCGCAGCCCCUUCAGCUACGAGCUCAACCCCAUCCUGCAUCCCCUCAACCAGCACGACCCCAGCAAGCCCUACCGCUACAAGCCCGGGAGCAUCAUCUCUGUGGAGGGGGAGAACCUGGACCUGGCCAUCUUAAAGGAGGAGGUGGUGGCUCAAAUUGGGGAGGGGGUGUGCUCGGUGAAGACUCUCACCAGGAACCACCUGUACUGCGAACCCCCGACCCAGCAGCCCUCCCCGGGGCCUGGCAAGAAACGAGAGGGUGCCGACCCCCUACCAGAGUUCACCGUCCAGAUGGGCAACCUGAACUUCUCCCUGGGCAAGGUGCAGUACGACACCCUCAGCCAGUCCACCUUCCCCCUGGAGGCCCAGAUCGGAGUUGGGGUGGGGGCGUCCAUCGUGGCCCUGAUCGUGCUCAUCAUCGUGCUCAUAUACAGGAGGAAGAGCAAGCAGGCCCUGAGAGACUACAAGAAGGUUCAGAUUCAGCUGGAGAACCUGGAGACCAGCGUGAGAGACCGCUGCAAAAAGGAGUUCACUGACCUGAUGACGGAGAUGAUGGACAUGUCCAGCGACCUGGUGGGCUCCGGCAUCCCCUUCCUGGACUACCGCAUGUACGCCGAGCGCAUCUUCUUCCCCGGCCACCGGGAGUCGCCGCUGCGCCGCGACCUGGACGUGCAGGAGUGCCGGCGGCAGACGGUGGAGCAGGGCCUGGUGCAGCUCUCCAACCUGCUCAACAGCAAGCUCUUCCUCACCAAGUUCAUCCACACCCUGGAGAGCCAGCGGACCUUCUCCCCCAGGGACCGGGCGUACGUGGCCUCCCUGCUGACCGUGGCCCUGCACGGCAAGCUGGAGUACUUCACCGACAUCCUCAAGACCCUGCUCAACGACCUGGUGGAGCAGUACGUCGCCAAGAACCCCAAACUCAUGCUCCGCAGAACCGAGACGGUGGUGGAGAAGCUCCUGACUAACUGGAUGUCCAUCUGCCUGUAUGCCUUCCUGAGGGACUCCGCGGGGGAGUCCCUCUACAUGCUCUUCCGGGCCAUAAAGCACCAGGUGGACAAGGGCCCCGUGGACGCGGUGACGGGGAAGGCCAAGUACACGCUGAACGACAACCGCCUGCUCCGGGAGGACGUGGAGUACCGCACCCUGACGCUGAACGUGCUGGUCCAGGGCGGGGCUGGGAACGAGGCCCAGCCCGUCGCGGCCAAGGUGCUGGACUGCGACACCAUCACGCAGGUGAAGGAGAAGGUCCUGGACCAGAUGUACAAGGGCACGUCCUUCUCUCACCGGCCACACACGGACUCCCUCGACUUGGAGUGGCGGUCGGGCGUGGCUGGUCACCUGAUCCUGUCCGAUGAGGACUUAACGUCCGUGGUGCAGGGCACGUGGAAGCGGCUCAACACGCUGCAGCACUACAAGGUUCCCGACGGAGCGACGGUGGCGUUGGUGCCACGGCACAGCAAACACAUCCACCAUGACACCCACGACUACGUGGCAGGAGAGAAGACGCCGAUGCUAGAGGACGCAGACGAAGGCGGGGUGAGGCUGUGGCACCUGGUGAAGGCCAGCGAGGAGCCGGAGCUGCCCAAACACCGGCGGGGCAGCCUGAGAGAGCGGGAGAGAGCCAAGGCCAUCCCCGAAAUCUACCUCACACGCCUGCUCUCCAUGAAGGGUACGCUGCAGAAGUUUGUGGACGACCUGUUCCAGGUGAUUCUCAGCACUAGCCGGCCGGUGCCUCUCGCCGUGAAGUACUUCUUCGAUCUCCUGGACGACCAGGCCGCGCACCACGGAAUCUCGGACAGCGAGACCAUCCACAUCUGGAAAACCAAUAGUCUGCCGUUGAGGUUCUGGAUCAACAUCGUGAAGAACCCGCAGUUCAUCUUCGACGUCCAGGCCUCGGACAAUGUGGACGCCGUCCUGUCCGUCAUCGCCCAGACCUUCAUGGACUCCUGCACCAUCGCCGAACACAAGCUGGGAAGGGACUCCCCCAUCAACAAGCUGCUUUAUGCCAGAGACAUUCCUCGCUACAAGCAGAUGGUGGAGAGGUACUAUGCUGAUAUCAGACAGACCAUCUCUGCCAGUGACCAGGAGAUGAACUCUGCACUAGCAGAGCUAUCCAGGAAUUACUCAGGAGAACUGAAUUACCUUGUGGCCCUGCAUGAGUUGUACAAAUACAUCAACAAGUACUAUGACCAGAUCAUCACUGCCUUGGAGGAGGACACUACCGCCCAGAAGAUGCAGCUGGGGUACAGGCUCCAGCAGAUCGCCGCCGCCGUGGAGAACAAAGUGACCGACUUGUGACAGCGCGAGACCAGAGCGGGGCGGAGCCGGGGGCGGGAAGGAGGGAGGAGCUUCAGCCGGAGGUG